AUCUUGAAUGUUUUUGCUUGAUCCCAGUAUGAUAUACUGUAUAGAAAUAUGGGAACUUGGAACCUAUGCCUUGGCCAGGUUUUAAUUUUAACAUAUAGCAUUAUUGCUGCUGCGAUCUCAGGGAAAAGACACCUUUGUUUUUGGUCUCAGAGUAUCUGUACACUCCAAGGGCGGACUGACAACUCAUGGGGCCCCCGGGCAAUAGGGGAUUAUGGGGCCCCUGUGUCCUUGCCCAAACUCAAAAAAGCUUAUGAAAAAGGUACCAGGGGCAUCUCAUGGGGCCCCCUACUGACCCCCCGGCCCUCGGGCAGU